AGACAGUGCGCAAGCCACGUGGGUUCAGUCCGUCGCACAUAUGUGACGUCGUGCCUUUUAAAUAAAGUUUAUUGUUGAGUUUUGAAUCAACACUUCCGAUCAUGGCUACCGUAGACGUGGAGGAUGAGAGUAUCCUGGCCUCGAUAUUUAAAGACAGCUUUCCUGAGAACUGGAGAGAGAAUCCGGACUUCGCGGCGUAUCUGUCGCAGUUGUGCUCGUGCGGUGUGGAUGAGUUAAACCGGGAGCCGGAGCGUCUGUCGGAAGAGCGGGCUCAGAUCCUGCAGCAGACCCGUGAGCUGGCCUUCACCAACUACAAGACGUUCAUCAGGACCGCGGACUGCACACAACACAUCUACACUGACUUCAGCACAGUGGAGAACUGUCUCUCUAAACUCUUGCACAAACUGCCCAGCUUUACUGAGAGAUGCAGAGGUUUUAUUAAGGAGGCUGAGGAGAUCAGCGUCAGCAGGCGUAUGAACAGCCUUACACUGAAUCGACACACAGAGAUCUUGGAGAUUCUGGAGAUCCCUCAGCUGAUGGACACCUGCGUUCGGAACGGAUACUACGAGGAGGCGCUGGAGUUGGCCGCUUAUGUCAAGAGACUGGAGAAAAAACAUUCAUCACUUCCUGUCAUUCAGGGAAUUGUGCAUGAGGUUCGAUUGUCAGCUCAACUCAUGCUGAACCAACUUCUUCAGCAGCUGCGUAGCAAUUCACAGCUCCCGGUUUGCCUGCGUGUGAUUGGAUACUUGCGCAGAAUGGAUGUUUUUACCGAAGCCGAGCUGCGCGUCAAAUUCCUGCAAGCUCGUGGGAGUUGGCUGCGAUCCAUUCUCACCGCAAUCCCAGAUGAAGAUCCAUACUUCCACAUUACAAAGACCAUCGAAACCUGCCGCGUACAUCUCUUCGAUAUUAUCACCCAGUAUCGUGCCAUCUUCUCAGACGAGGAUCCGUUGCUGCCACCCGGAGGUCAGGCUUUGAACGAGAGCGCCAUUUUUCAUGGCUGGGUGGUGCAGCAGGCGGCACAGUUUUUGGAGACCCUCGAUCGGGACCUCCAGCGUGGGGUGGGAAGCCGCUUGGAUUCUCUGCUUGGCCAGUGCAUGUACUUCGGCCUUUCCUUUAGCCGGGUCGGGGCGGAUUUCCGUGGACAACUCGCUCCCAUAUUUCAGCAGGUUGCCAUGGACACGUUCCGGAAAGCUGUCCAGGAAGCGGUGGACAAGUUCCAAGAAGAUAUGAACUUGUACACGCUGAUUUCUUUCCCAUCGAUACUUGGAAGCACCAUUCCGCCAGCGGUCCCGAGCACCCAGCCGGGCACACUGCAGCCCCCCAUGGCCCUGCUGGAUUUCCCACCUCUAGCCUGCUUCCUCAAUAAUGUCCUGACAGCCUUCAAUGACUUAAGACUGUGCUGCCCUAUUGGACUUGCACAGGAAGUUAGCAGAUGCGUUGAGGAAGCCCUUAUCAAGGUGACCAAGCUGAUCCUGGUUUUCCAUCGAGCUGAGGAAUCUGCCUUCAGUAGCCGUGAACGGGAGUUAUUCGUUCAGUUCUGCAGUGCAUUUGCUGAGGACAUGGUGCCUUUCUUGAACCGAUGUCUACAAGUUCUCUUUCCUCCAGCCCAGCUUGCACUUGUACUAGGUGUCCCUCCAACCCAGGUUUAUAAGUAUGGCAGUCUAGGCUGCAUAAAUGUGAAUAUGGUUCUGGAGCCGCUGGAGUUUGUACUGCCCCAGAAGGAGCCUGUAACCCCUGUCCUGGAUCUCUGCCCUGAUCUGAGCAGCCUGACGACAGCUGAAUCAGAUCCCUCAACUUCAGUCAAUCCAUUAACUCCUCAAGAAGAAAAGCCUGUCUUUUCUGAACAAGAAAAGCCUGUGUCAGCAUUGGAUCCUCAUCUUUCUCAAAAAGAGAACAUUUCUGCUGAAGCAGUCACUACACAGCAAAACGACGAAACCCCCGAACCUGAAAUCACCUUUGAUGUACAGGACUUACCAGAUGAUUUGUCCGCAACAGUUAUUCAUGUUGAGGAGACGUUGUCGAAAUAAAAAGCAACAUUUGCUGUAUAGCAGGGGUUUCCAAUUCUGCUCCUGGAGAGCUAAAUUCCUGCAGAGCUCCAACCACCUCCAACUAUAGUUUCUGUAGACCUUGAUUAGCUGGUUAUGGUGUGGUUAAUAAAGGUUGGAGCUAAACUAUACAGGACAGUGGCCCUCCAGGAGCAGGUUUGGAAACCCCUGCUGUAAAGUGUGUGUUGAAUGCUUUUAGGUGUCCUAAACAAUAAAGCUUGGUUUUGAUAGCAAAUAACCAUCUGGACAUACUUAGACCAGGGUUUGGUUUGCAAUAUUAUUGGCAACUUUAUUUGGUGAAGGUAAUAAUGUAAUAUUAUAUAUGGUUAAUAUUUAAAUUGUGGAGAGAAAAAAAGGUGAAUCAAUUGAAUCUUAUGUUUUCUAUGACUUGCAGUGGUCCCAAAAAGUAUUUUGACACUUAAGUCAAACUUAAAAUGUCUAAAUGUUAUUGCAUUAUAAUAAACGCCACUUGCUUUUUUUUUUUUUUUUAAGAUUGCACAAGCACUUUAAGCAAAACAUUUCACAAAAGGCAUGAUAUGCUGUACAAAAAGAAGACAAAAUAUAUUGUGUAACUUUCUGUUUAUUUGUGGUUAUUGGAACAUAUUCUUAAUGGACUUAAAACUGUUUUUCUACUAGGACACCUGUGAAUUUGAUAAGUUUAGACUUCACGCACAGACUAAAAGGCAUGUGUGAUUAAGUUGGUUAAACAUUGCAAAAAAAAAAAAUAUAUAUAUAUAUAUAUUACAUACAUAUAUAUAUUUCUGUGAAAAGCUUGUGCACCAUUUGUCUACAAAUACAAUAUUAAGUUUAGCUUAAGUGUUCAAAAAUAUUUGGGGUCUUCUGUAUGUGCUUGUAAUUUACUCUGUUUACCUCUUGAAUGUUUUUGUUUACUCAUUUUUGAGAUUAAAAUUGGGAGAAAAAAUAUAUU